AUGUCCGCUGCGGAACAACACGAAGAGGACGAUUUGGCCCCAACCACCACUCCUGGGUACAAGCCUACUGCAGCCAAGUCGGUUGACGAGUAUGCCAAACUUGAUGCCGAGGACGAGAGUUUGGCCCGGUGGAAGGCCAGCUUGGGCAUUGUGCCGGGUGCCUCUUCUGCUCCUGCUACUGGACCGAAGGUCACCGUCCUAACGCUGGAGCUGGCUUCUCCGACACUACCGCCCGGCAAGAAGAUCACCAUGAACAUCCAGAGCCCUGCCGACCUCGCGAACGCAAGCAAGAACUCUAUCACCAUCAAGGAAGGUGUCGAGUAUAACGUUCGUAUCACCUUCAAGGUCAACCAUUCGAUCAUCUCGGGCGUUCGGUAUAUCCAGGUCGUUAAACGAGCGGGCAUGAAAGUCGACAAGCUGGAGCAGAUGCUUGGAUCUUACGGCCCGAAGCCUGAUGGUAGCGCGUAUACUAAGAACUUCGAUCCUGAGGAGUCACCUUCCGGAAUGCUCGCGCGCUCGGGCUCCUACCAUGUUCGGAGUCGAGUGGUUGACGACGAUGGAGAAGUUUUUGCUGACUGGGAAUGGUCGUUCAAGCUCGGAAAGGAAUGGUAA